CUCCAAUUUAAUUAAUCAACGAACUAGUGCUGCGAAAACACUCUCAUUAAUUAUAUUUCCAAAUAUUAUUAAUUUUAAACCGGCUUAGAAAUGAUACCCAAAAAAAUGCCGGUCAAGGAUGCUCAUAUUGUUAAAAUAGCGGUUGAGCGUGAGAACCAUAUGGCCCAGUUGAUAAAUUUAGAUCAGAGACAUCCUCUUGCAAGCAAAAUCCAGGAAAUCUGCAAUGGUUGGUCCAUCAGUGACCAUCAGAACUACGCUUUGCAAUUCUGUGAGCCAAAUAAUCAAAAAUAUGUCACAGAAAAGAAUCGCAAUGAAAUCAAAAAUGGUUCUGUACUGCGCCUUCAGUAUUCACCCUCGAAAACUGCUAGUGAUGCUUUGGAAACACUACUCAAUGGAAAUUCCCAAGAUAAAAUUCAACGUCUCAAGGAUUUGAGAUCUUUAAGCUUGGAUCAUACUUUUGCCUUGGAAUUUAUCAAGGAAAAGGGCUUGGAUAUUCUCAUUAAAAUGAUUGAGGAUGUGCAGCAGAAAGAGGAGGAGAUUCUAAAAUAUAGUUUGGCCAGUUUUGUAGAACUAAUGGAACAUGGCACUGUCUCUUGGGAGGUUCCUGAAAACUCAUUUGUUUCGCGUAAUAUAGAAAUCGUGAGAAAUUUCCAGAAAUACCCAACAAAUUGCACAGAAAGUGCACUUUCAAAUCUAGAAAACAUUGUUCAGGCCAGCAGUAAAUGUAUCCUCGUAGCUGAUCAAAUAAAAUUGCAUGACAUCUUGCUCCUACUGCAGGAAGUUAAUUCACCGGUAAUGCGUCAGAAUGCCAUAGCUUUGCUGAAUGCCCUGUUCCUAAAGGCGGAUGAGCCACGUCGUCGUCGGAUUGCCGAAGAAAUUAGUGCCAAGCAAUACCGUUUGGCCCUUAUAGGUAACGGAUUGAGCACUGAAAUGACCCAUCAGUUAUAUGUAUUGCAGACCCUGACCUUGGGUCUUCUAGAGAAACGUAUGCGCAUGAAAAUGAAUGCCCAAGAUCAGGAUGCCCACGAGAAAAUCAAAGAAUUGCGGCGCAUAGCAUUUGACGAUUAUGCUGGUUCGUUAAAUUUAAAUGAUGAGCAUUUACGUCGUGGAGGCGGUGGAGGAGGUAGUGGCGGAACGGGUAGCGGUAGUAUAAAUUUUUCCCAAUAUUAUAAAAAAUUAGGAUUUAAAUGCGACAUAAAUCCAACUCAGGACUUCAUGGAAACACCGCCAGGAAUUUUGGCCUUAGACUGCAUGUAUUACUUCGCUCGCAAUUAUACGCAACAAUAUGCUAAAAUUGUCCACGAAAAUUGUCGUGCGGAUGAGCAUGAAUGUCCUUUUGGACGAACUUCCAUUGAGUUGGUAAAAGUUUUAUGCGAUAUUCUUCGCAUUGGUGAACCGCCAGCGGAGCAAUCUGGAGACUUUCAGCCUAUGUUCUUCACACAUGAUUCACCAUUUGAGGAAUUUUUCUGCAUUUGCGUUAUUACUCUAAAUCGCACUUGGAAGGAUAUGCGUGCGACUGCCGAAGAUUUUAGUACCACCUUUAGUGUGGUGCGUGAGCAAAUCCAACGUACUUUAAAGUGUCGUCCAGAAAAUCUGGAGGAUUUUAGAAGCAAAAUAGCUUUGCUGACAUAUCAACAGAUAACCACAUUACGUCAACAAGAGCGUACAUCCAAGGAAGAAUGUGAUUCAACGGCGUCUGCUAUUGUAAAGCUUAAGGAAAAAAUAUCGCCGCAUAUUUUAGAACUUAUUAAGCAGCAACGCUUGUCGUUUUUGGUAGAGGGAACUCGCUUCUCCAAAUACUCACGUGGAACUCGCACAAAGGAUAAAUUUUGGUAUGCCCGACUUUCGCCAAAUCACAAGGUCAUUCAUUAUGGUGACUGUGAUGAGAAAAAUAUACCAACUCUCGAAGAGUUGCCGAAAAAGUUACCCAUCAGCGAAAUUAAACAACUGCUAGAGGGCAAAGAAUGCCCACAUAUGAAAGAGAGUCGCCGCAAAUCGGCUGUCAAUUUGGCCUUUUCUAUUAGUUUUGAAAAUACGGAUCAUUCCACGUUGGAUUUUGUAGCACCAGAUGAAAGUAUUUUUAAUUACUGGACAGAUGGUAUUAAUGCAUUGCUAUGUCAGGAAAUGACCAGCAAACAGAAGAACGAAGAUUUUGACACUUUGCUUUCUAUGGAAAUUAAAUUGCGUUUGCUAGACACAGAAGGCGUGGAUAUAAGCAAAGAUCCUCCACCCAUACCAACAGACCCAGAGAACUACGAUUUUUGUUUUGAGAGUUAAACUGUCGGCACUUGGGGACUAACAAAUACAUGCUUGUUGUUAACCUCAAUUAAUAUACAUACAUACCAAAGUGUAAACCAUUCGAUAUACAUUACAUUGAUGUCUAUGUUAUAUUCUUCCACAAUUCGGAUUUCCCUUUUUUUUUAUCUUAUUUAGUAUUACUGCGCAAUUUCCCAACUGAACAAACACAUUAGCCGUUUAGUAAACAUUUUACAUGCAAUUUUUUAAUUUUAUUUAGUACAUAUGUAAUUAUUCUCUAUAAUAUAUUUUUUUGUACAAAAACAUUUAGAACAAGA